UAAUUUCAGUUCAUUGCAGUUGACUUCAUACUACAAAUUUGGACAAUCAGAAUUCAUCUAGAAACUCAAAAAACCCAACAUUUUAAACAUUAAAAUUUCCAAUUUAUCACAGAAUUCAAAUCCCCCUCAGCUUAAUUCUCCUCUCAAAUACCCAUAUUCUCACUUUCCAAUUUCUCAUUUUUGUAAAGAAAAUGGAAACCACAGAGCUUAACCUGAAGAUUAAUCUCAUAAUCUUCUUUUUCUUCCUUAAUCUUUUUCCAGUUUACUCUGUUGAUGUUUGCAACCCAACUGUAUGUUCAGAAGUGGGUAUGGGACCGGAAAUCCGGUUUCCUUUCCGGCUAAAAAACCGGCAACCGGACCGGUGUGGGUACCCCGGUUUUGAUCUUUCAUGUAAUGAGAGAGGCCAAACAAUUAUAACACUUCCUUUUUCAGGUGAUUUUCUAGUUAUAGAUAUUGAUUACACUGCACAAUCUAUUAUACUUUAUGAUCCAGAUUUCUGCCUUGUGAAAAGACUCAUCGAUUUCAAUAUUACGAAUUCUCCCUUCAGAGCUGCUCAUCAAAGAAAUUACACAAUUGUCAGGUGUACUUCGGAUGAUUGGCUAAAUUACCCAAAUUAUCAGGUGGCGAUUCGGUUAUCUUGCCGGGGAUUUUCGAGCAGAAAUCAGGCGAUUUUAGCUAUGCCACCAAAUAUGUAUGCACAAGGAAAGCCACCAGGUUGCAAGUUAAUGUCAAAGGUUUCAGUUCCUUUGCAAUUGGAAGAUAACUUUUGGUCUCCAAUGGAGGGUCUUUUGCUAACUUGGAGUGAACCCAGUUGUAGGAUUUGUGAAAAUCAAGGGAAACUUUGUGGGUUUAAAAGUGAUACUGGAUCUGAUAUUGCUUGUUCUAAUCCUCCCUCUUCUAAAGGAUUACCCAGGGGUGCCAAAUAUGGCAUUAUAAUUGGAGUUGGAGUACCAGGUUUUGUAUGCUUAUUAGGAUUAAUAAGCUUUGCUUUUGGUAAGAUCAAGGUUUAUGCCCUCCGCCGUGAUUUGAACUCUGAUCUCCCUACCACCAUUAAUCUACAAUUAGCAAUCGCGACGACAGGUCUUAACAAGGCAACCAUUGAUUCCUAUCCCAAGAUCGUGCUCGGGGAAAGCAAGCGCCUUCCUAACCCCAACGAUGGCACAUGUCCGAUAUGUCUAUCAGAUUACCAGCCUAAAGAAACCUUAAGAACCAUACCAGAAUGCAACCAUUAUUAUCAUGCUCAAUGCAUAGAUGAAUGGCUUAAGCUCAAUGCUACUUGCCCCUUAUGUCGAAAUACGCCAGAUGGUUCUUUACAUCCUUGCUCAUCAUCAACUUCUUUGGUCUCAUCUUCUCCAUAGAUCUCACAAAACUCUAUUUUAAUGUCUUUCAUUGGGAAUUUUUGUUGUAUAUAAGUUGUGAUCUCGGUAUUGUAAAUGGAAAGAAAAUAAAGCUUGUAGGAUAGAAUUCUUUUUUGGCAUUGUUUGUUUAGAAAAGGAAGGGAAAGGAAAGGACAAUUACGUUUUACAAACGAAGUGCUAGUAUACAUAUCGCUUGUCCUCCUAAGUAUAGGGUUGAAACUCGAUAUAGAAAUGGAUGAUUAUGUUCUCUACAGUAAAAAAUCCACUUGUUGCUCCUUUU